GUGUGGAGGGCCUGUGUCAUAUCACCUUCAAUGCACUGUGAAUAUCAAGCUGGCAUUCACCAUUUAUUGCAGCUCAUUUGAGAAUAUUUUUGAAUUUUGAAUUGGAGGAUUUUAAUGCGAAAUGUAAUAUGUGAAAGUUGGCCGCAGUCUGUUCUCAGUGUGUCAUUCUUAUUUGAGGUUUUGUGGAAGUGCACCUGUUGGUUUGUGGAGGCUGAAAUGUGAAAAAAAAAAAAAAAAAAAAAACAAUGGCUGCGCAAUGUGCAAAUUCAACUUUAAAAGCACCGCUUUGAGUCAUGACUGGAGGCAGGAGGGGACAGGUGGUGAUGUUUAGCAACGGGUCACGUUCACCUCUUGCUCACAAUUUGCUCACGACAGCUCUCCUUUUGAUCUGCAGCUGACACCUUUGUUGUGCCCAUAAAUAACAGAUAUUGUAUAACACACUGCAAGGAUAAGCGUUAUGUUAAAUAAAUGUUGCUUUUUUUCCCCUAUUGAAUAUCAGAUCUUAUUCUCUUUGCCAAUAGUAAUGCGGGUAUUGUGCAAAAUGAAAUCCUGUCUCACCCUUUAAUGAUUGAUCAAAAUGUCAACAUGUGUCCAGUUUGCAGUCCAAGUCCAAGGUGUCUAUUUUUUUGUUCAUAACAAUUAGACCCGUACAUGGUGCUUCUGUCCUUUAGCUUUUUCAGAUAUGGUUGACUUUUUAUUUUAAAUCCUGCAUUCUUUUUAACAGCCAUCCAGACUCUGUGGAUUUAAAAGAACUGAACACCCGCUUUGAAGAAAAUAUGAUCUUCACUUCUGAAAAGCUAGAUUUGGCUUUUCGCUUGGUAAUAGGUCUGCUGUGUCUACUGUUGCCUGCAGAAUGUGAAAAAACCAGGCUGGCGGGGGGCACUCGCUGCUCCGGCAGAGUGGAGGUCUACUACAGAGAUAGCUGGGGGACAGUGUGUGACGAUCACUGGAGCGUAUCCAGCGCUGAGGUGGUCUGUCGAGAGCUAGACUGUGGGACGGUCAUGGAGGCCAAAAAAAGUGCCUUCUUUGGGGAAGGAAAGGACGACAUCUGGCUGGAUGAUGUUCAGUGUACUGGUCAAGAGUCCUCCAUCCUCCAGUGCACGCACAGGCCAUUUGGGCAAAAUAACUGCGGCCAUGGCGAAGAUGCCGGUGUCAUCUGUUCAGACCACGUGCGGAUGCUCAAUGGAACCAGUCGUUGUAACGGCAGAGUGGAAGUCUAUCACGAAAACCAGUGGAAAAGAGUGUGCAGCAGCAGCUGGGGCACCGAAGAAGCCGAGGUGGUGUGCCGAGAGAUUGGCUGCGGCACACCUCUCGUUCAGUCUGGAUCACAGGAUUUGGGACAGGCAACACACCUGGCUGCACUUAAAGCAACCUGCCUUGGCAAUGAGACCUCUAUCUCUCAAUGCACACUUCAAGAUUUCAAAGAAAGCUGCACUGAUGCCACCCUCUUUUGUACAAACAGUAAACCAAUUCGACUGGUAAACGGGACCAGUCGGUGCUCUGGUCGAGUGGAAGUCUACCAUGAUGGACAGUGGGGAACAGUUUGCGAUGACAGAUGGGGGAUGCCGGAAGCGGCUGUCUCAUGCCGAGAGAUGAACUGCGGCAAUGCUCUUUCAGUCAAGUACAAGGCCUUCUUUGGCAGAGGUCAAGAUCAAGUUUGGCUGGACGAUAUCGAGUGCACUGGUCAUGAGAAGUCUCUUGCCGACUGUCCGCAUAGAGGUUUUGGAGAACAUGACUGUGAUCACAAUGAGGAUGCCGGGGUUGUAUGCUCAGAAAAUGUCAGACUAAUCAAUGGGACUGACAGCUGCUCUGGUAGAGUGGAGGUCAAACAUGAUGAGCGAUGGGGAAAACUUUGUACAAAUACCUGGACUGAUAGAGAGGCCAAAAUAGUGUGUAAUGAACUUCAGUGUGGUGCUCCAAAAAGAAAUCAAGAAAUCUUCGAUUUUGGUGACAGCGGACUCAAAGGGUUUAUAAGUAGAUGCUCCAGUAAUGUGACCUCCUUUAGCCAGUGUGUAAUUGAAGAACACACAGGGAGAUGUGAAGGUGUUUCGCUUUCAUGUGCAGGUGUCCCACCUUUAAGGCUUGUUAAUGGCACUGACCGUUGCUCUGGGAGAGUGGAGAUUCUGCAUGACGGCCAGUGGGGAACAGUGUGUGAUGAUGAGUGGGACAUCAGAGAUGCACAGGUGGUGUGCAGAGCUGUGGAUUGUGGGACAGCUCAGACAGCCAAGUCUGGCGCCUUCUUUGGUCAAGGCCAAGGAAGCAUUUGGCUGGAUGAUGUCAACUGCUUCGGUAAUGAGACAUCCCUUUUGCGCUGUCGACAUCCCUCUCUUGGAGAAAAUAACUGUGGCCAUGGAGAAGAUGCCGGUGUGAUUUGUUCAGCUAGCCUUAGACUGAUCAAUGGGACUUCCCAGUGCUCAGGCAGGGUUGAGCUCCACAGUAAUGGCCACUGGGCACCAGCAUAUAAUAUUAACUGGGGAAUGAAUGAAGCUACCGUGGUGUGCAGGCAAAUGAGCUGUGGAGAUCCUAUCAAGGCCUCAGGAUCAUUUGGCCAAAGUGGAGAUUUGAGAGGGUUCAAGAUAAUUUGUAGCGGUAGAGAAACCUCACUCACACAGUGCACAGUAACAGAACACAGCAGGACCAGCCAAGACCGUAUUGAGGAAGCGAUUGUCGAAUGUACAGGAACUGCAAAGUUAGCCGAUGGGCCCAAUCGUUGUGCUGGAACGGUGCAGUUCUACGAUAAAGGCCAGUGGGGGAAUGUGUGUGGUGAAUCCUGGGACAUCAAUGAUGCCAUGGUGGCGUGCAGACAGCUGGACUGUGGUAGAGCUCAUACGAUUACCACUACAGAUGUGUACGGACAAAAUACAAGGCUAACGUGGAAUGAUCAAAUCGAAUGCAGUGGGAUGGAGUCUACACUGAAUCAGUGCCCACAAAGACCAUUUAGAGACAGUACUUGCAACGUUUCCUCAGUUGCUGGUGUGGUGUGCACAGGAAGCUUGGAGGUCCGGCUGGUCAAGGGUAGAGAUGAGUGCUCCGGAAGAGUCGAGGUCCGACAUGGCGAUGUGUGGUACACAGUGUGUGAUGCAGACUGGACCCAGAGUAAAGCUGAGGCAGUGUGUCAGCUGCUGGAGUGUGGACACGCUCUGAGUGCUCCUGGCAGGGCCCAGUUCGGGCCGGGCAUUGGGUCAGUAGUGGAGGCUAGCAGCUCAUGCUUUGACAACGUGACUUCUCUUAAGCAGUGCUCGGAGAGGGGAUUCACAACGUCAACGUGUCGACAUGACCGUGAUGCUGGUGUUAUGUGUUCAGCACCAGUUCGGUUGGUGAGUGGCUCAAGUGAAUGUUCUGGGAGAGUGGAGAUCUUCUAUAAAGGCCAGUGGGGAACUGUGUGCGACGACGAAUGGGGAAUGAGCAAUGCCGAUGUGGUGUGCAGGCAACAAGGUUGCGGCCAUGCUGUUGCAGCCCCUACUAGUGCCCAUUUUGGUAGAGGCUCUGGUCCAAUAUGGCUGGAUAAUGUUGAAUGUGGAGGCACAGAGUCUGCUCUCACACAGUGUACCCAUAAUGGCUUUGGAGAAAAUAACUGUGGGCACGGUGAAGACGCAGGCGUGGUCUGUUUAGGUGCUCUACAGAAGCCCCAAAUCACAAUAAGUCCUGGCCCUGAGGUAUUAUGGGGUGAGAAAGUUGAAAUCACUUGCACUGUAAUGGCAGAACACUUGGGAGGGACAUUCGUACUGAAAAAUACCCAAGGGUCAUUUCGCAAGGAGAAAUUUUCUGAGCAUGAAAGUGCAACAUUUACUUUCCCUUCUGUGGAGUUCAACCAAAGGGGCUCAUACUUCUGUGAAUAUCAAAAGAAAAUGCCCAACCAAGUCAUCAAUUAUCCUCAAGGAAAUACUGCUGAUCUCACUGUCACAGUGAAACUGGACAAGCCCACCCUCACCCUGACGUCGCCUCAUUCAAUGGUGCUCUACAGUCCUGAAAAAAUUUCCAUCACUCAUGGCAGCUCCUUCACCAUCACUUGCUCUGUUUAUUCCAAAUACCCUGGAGGGGUCUUCUAUCUGAUAAAUUCUAAGACGAAAGACAAUGAAACAAAGCCUGUAUUUGGACAUGCCGUUUUCUACCUGGCAUACUUUGAAUUUCCUGUAAUUGAUUAUAAACACCAAGGAGAGUAUGCCUGCGUCUACGGUGUGAACAUAUCUUCAAUGUACUUCUGUUCCGACCCCUCAAGGACACUCCAAGUCUCCGUAGUUUCAGCCUCAGCCUCUUCGGUUGUCGGAGGAGUUAUGGGGUUCUUAGUGGUGUUGCUAAUCCUGUUGGUGAUAGGUUUCGUUGUCUGGCGAAAGAGAUUCCGGGGCACUGGUGUCAUGGUUCAGUUCAGCCACAGAUUUGGAGGAACUGUAAAACAAGAUAUAGACGACAGAAGCAAUGGGGCAGUCGACGAAAGAGACCGAACUAAUCAAGUGUAUGACAGUAGACACACUCAGAGCCCAGAGGACAAGAACGCUGAGGCUGACAGCGUCGAGACAGUCCCCGAAGACCUGGCUGGGAAAGUGUGCUACGAGCUUGAACCUCUUGUUCUUUGAUGAUAUCAACAUGGCUCAAAGCUCAGACAUGUGCUUUUACUGAGCUUAUGCAGUAACACAACACCAGGCAGUGUGUCACAGUGUGUCACUGCUGAAUUUGUUUUUUCCUCCUGAAGCCACGCCCACAGUGACGUUAUAACGUACAGACACACACCUGGGCACACCUCCAUGUCACAGACCAGCAUAACAUUCAGCUGUGUUAAGUUGCUCUUCAAAAAGACAUAUUAUGAGGAUAUUAUGAGGGGUAUUAUGGAGUUAAAUUUAAGUUUAGUUUAGUUUUUUUUUUAACAAAUAAUUCCGAAAUCACCAGACUUUACAUUUCCUCAAAUAGAUGCUGUGUUGUUUAUUUUAAGAGAAAUUAAAAUGUUAGCACAAACUAAAAUAAUUUUGUUAUAACACAUGUAUAUGUUGCCAUAUAGCUCCUGUCGCCUGUAACACUUUUUAUCAUACGUAUAUAUAUAUAUAUAUAUAUAUCAUUUGUCAUUAGUAAUUUCUAUUUUUCUGGGAAAUUCAGUGUCAAAUGAUCAUUUGCUUUUGUCUGCGUGUGUAACUGCUGAUCAAUAAAUGUAUUGUUUCUUACAAUUUAA